AUGGUUACGUCAAUGAUAGAUGCACAGAAGGUCUGCCCGCCAGACAUGAUAAAUCAUGCCAUGCUGGCGCUUCAUGAUAAGAAGUUUACCUCUUGGCUUCAGUCCAACGACUCCCGGAUACUGUUUAUCGAAGGAAGAAUGAAGUUAAGCUCUGAACAGGAGGCAGCGUCUCCACUAACAAUACUCUCAUGUGCUCUCGCACAGUUGGUGGCGAGACAACCCGAGCGCAGUCUUCCACUAGUCUUUCUCUGCGGCCAGCACAAUAGACUAAACGAUCCUUUCUCUGGCUCCAGCGGCGUCAUAAGGGGCUGGAGUUCUCUCGUCGCCGAGUCUCUUACACCGCGGGAUGUCGAUCUCUCAGCCAUCAACUUGAGCUUCAUAGACGGCGUCAGAGCUCAGCAACUUGGUGUGCUCUGCAUGCUUUUCCGUCACCUGGUCUUGGCUGCCACGGAUAAGAUUGUCUUUAUCAUCUUGGAUGGCGUCUCAUGGCUUGAAGUGAGCCGCCACGCCCAGGGGUUGGCGGAUGUUGUGUUGUUUUUAGGCAAUUUUGUCACUGCGCUGAAUCAACAAAACUACGGCGUGAUUGUCAAGGUGUUAAUUACGAGCCCGUCGACCAGCAAUUAUGCUAGAAAGUGGCUUCCGAAAGACUGUAUACUGGAGAUGGAUAAUGUUAGAUGA